GGAAUUAAAAACAACCAUGACGUCAGUUUCUGGUAAACCAACCUCCACCGACGACGGCGUAAGUAUCCUGAAAUCUAAAACAUCAAUACUUGGUCAAAAACUACACGUCAUUAUACUGAUCACAGUUGUCGUCGUAACAUCUGUUCUGUUACUACUUGUUCUGUUUUUAGUCUACAGACAUAAAUCAAAACGACGUCGUAACAGAGUCCACGUAAAACACAUUCCAACAACGUCGACGUCACCUUUGACAUCAAUCAAUGUUGAUCACACGAAAACCGUGAAUAAUAAUCAAACCCAAUUACACGACGAACGAGUGGUCGCUAAAACGUUGUUAAGCAUGUUUGAGUUAGACAGUAGUAGUGACUAUCAAAAUGAGUCGCGAGAGAUGAUUGCCGUAAAAGUAGAUGACAUUAGUGGUAAAACGGAUAGUGAUGAAACGGGUUUGGGUUCGGGUACGGGUUCGAGUGAAGUGGCGUCGUCGUCUUCGGUGUCUGUUGGCGAGAGUUUAAAUAGUAGUAUUGGUGGUGGUUGGGGAAGGUGGUUUAAUAUGAAGGAGAUUGAAAUAGCGACGAAUAGUUUUGCGACGGAAAAUGUGAUCGGUGAAGGUGGUUAUGGUGUUGUGUACAAAGGUGUUUUGCAAGAUGGUUCGUCGGUGGCGGUCAAGAACCUUUUGGAUAAUAGGGGACAGGCAGAGAAGGAAUUCAAGGUGGAGGUCGAAGCUAUUGGCAAAGUAAGGCAUAAGAACCUCGUCGGUCUAAUUGGAUUUUGUGCAGAAGGUGCUAAGAGGUUGCUUGUGUAUGAGUUAGUUGACAAUGGAAAUUUGGAACAAUGGUUGCAUGGAGACUUGGGAUCUACCAGCCCACUAACUUGGGACAUACGCAUGAAGAUUGCUGUUGGGACUGCAAAAGGAUUGGCAUAUUUACAUGAAGGAUUGGAACCAAAAGUUGUUCACCGUGAUGUUAAAUCAAGCAACAUCCUCCUAGAUACAAAAUGGAAUGCAAAAGUAGCUGAUUUUGGACUUGCCAAGUUACUGGACUCUGAAAAAAGCUACGUGACUACACGAGUAAUGGGGACAUUUGGAUAUGUGUCGCCUGACUAUGCAAGUACAGGGAUGCUUAAUGAGGGAAGUGAUGUUUAUAGCUUUGGAGUUCUGCUCAUGGAAUUAGUAACUGGAAGGAGUCCAGUUGAUUAUUCCCGACCCCCUGGAGAGAUGAACCUGGUUGACUGGUUUAAAGGAAUGGUGGCAAGUCGUAGGGGAGAAGAGUUGCUAGAUCCAAAGAUCGAAUUACGGCCUUCUCCAAGAGCUUUAAAACGAGCAUUGUUGGUGUGCCUUCGGUGUAUAGAUAUGGAUGCAAGUAAGCGCCCAAAGAUGGGACAAGUUGUACACAUGCUUGAAGCAGAUGAAUUUCCUUUCCGUGGAGAAUCUCGUCAGCCUAGGGACUCAUUUAUACCCCGUCCAGUUGCACCUGCUGUCACUAAAGUUCCUUUUCCAAUUGCUGGUGAUAAGCAAAGAUGAUAUUUGGAGAUUAUUAUUUGUCUAGGAGACUACACAUAAACAAGAGGAGGUACACUAGCGAUCAGAUAAUCUAUUUAUAGAAUUUGGCAUCGAUUUUGUGCAUGCUAUGAAACAUUUUUUUUUGUUGGAGAUACGGAUUGCUUGUAUUCGAAUGCCACAAGUAUUCAUAUGUAUAUAUGGUUAGUUCUCUUUCUUUUUUGUACUUGAACUUAGUUGUUUUUAUAUCA